ACAUGAAUAAUUCAUUAUUAGUAAUUAUUCAAACAAUAUCAAGAUAUUUCUAAAUCCAUAACUAUUUUACAAAAUAUUAAUUUUCAAAGACAUGAUGGCUUCAAAAUUGAUUUUUCAAUUCUGUGUAUUCACAGUGUUAUAUAAUUGCUUCACUUGCAGUAUCACGGAUAAUAAAAUUAAGAAAUAUUCACUCAACAAUAUGAGCUUAAAAAAUUCGCAAACUCCAUAUGAACUCAUAGAAAAUCUAAGGAAGCAGGUGUUGGCGAAAGAAAAAGAAUUGAAGAAAGCCGAAGAAAUUAAUAGAAACUUUGAAAAGAUGCUGCAGUUGGUUAAUAUACUGGGACAAGUUGAUUCUUUCUUGACUGACCGUACUAAAGUUUUAAUCAAAAAGAUAGCGAUGCUGGUAGAUGCUGAUGACGGUAAAUUUGAAAGGGAAUUCAAUAAUAAUCAUGGAAUCACUAUACAAAAUAAUCAAAUUUAGAAUAAAUUGUAGUAAAUUCAAAAGGUUUUUUGUACACUUUUAUAAGAAAAUAUAAACACUGAUUAAAAA